AUGAUGUCAACUCUUCAUCAAGUUAAUGAUCUUAGUAGAGUUGGAGAAAAACCUGCUUGUUGUAUUGGGGCUGCAAGAGGUCAUUGUACAGUACAUUGCCCAAGAAUUGAAGAUGUACUUUAUUCACAAAGAAAAGGUAAAACCAAUAAAGGUGCACAAAGAUGGAGAUGUAAAGCAUGUGGUACAAAAUGGACUUCAAAAGGAAUUAUUCAACCACCUCCAGUAGUACCAGAUACAAUUGUAAACAGUAUUGGUUUUGGUAGUGGCCCAGAAGAAUUAACAACAAUAGAUCAAUUAAGAGCAAAUACAAGACCAUACAAAAAAAAUAAAAUAUUAGAUCAAUCGAUGAUACCAACAACACCAUUUCCAUCAUUGUUUAGUGGAGCAAACAUAAGUAACAGCAAUAGUAAUAGUAAUAGCUCACCAAAUGGUUCACCAAUACCAUCACCACCAUCACCUGUAUCAUUUUUACAUAGAACAACGAACUCAUUUGUACCAAUUUUACCAACCACAACCUCAUCAUCAUCGAAUAAUAAUAGUGUAAUUAGUAAUAGUAUAAGCAAUAGUGUUAUUAAUUCUUUAAGGCAAUCACAAAACUCCACAUCAUCAUUAUCAUCGUCCACGAUUCAACAACAACAACAGCAACAAUUAUCACAAUCACAACAGGGUAUUAAUAGUUCAAGAUCCUCUUCAUCAUCAUCAUUAUCACAAUCCCAAAAAAAUGCUCAAACAUUAACAACAAAACCUGUAGUUGUUGGAAUACCCAAUAACAGCAAUACUAAUAAUAUGAAUAACUCUAGUGGUAGUAUUAAUAACUCGCCAAACUCAAAUUUACAAAUUUUAAGUAAUAAUAUAAGCAAUAUGAGCAAUAGUAUUAAUAGUCCAUCAAAUAAAAAUAUUCUAUAUAAUGGUCAACCCUCACCCCAAUCUCCAACAAACAAUAAUAGCAAUAAUAGUAUAAGCAAUAUAAACAAUAUAAACAAUAUAAGCAAUAUAAGCAAUAUAAACAAUAUAAACAAUAUAAAUCCCCAAAAUCUAGUUAAUGGUAUACCAAGACCAAGCCUAUCAAAUAGCAAACAAGCAAUUAAACAAUCCAGUACUAAUACCAAUAACAAUAAUAGCAAUAAUAACAAUAGUAAUAAUAACCAACAAACAGUUUCGCCACAACCACCAUUAUCACCAAAAUCAUUAAAACAUUAUCAAAUGAAUAAACAAAUGACAUCAUCAAGUGGAUCAUCAGGUUCAAACCAAUCAUUUACAAAUCAAAGUCCAAAAAAUAAUAUUACAUCCACAAUGAUUCAUUCAACUUAUGGCCAACCAACUCCACCUCCAACUAAAGCACCAGUAUCUAGCAAAGCACCAGCAGUUUAUCAUAAUGUACGAAUACCAUCGCCAACAAUUGAAACUUAUCAACAACAACAUCAAUAUCAACAGCAACAACAGCAACAACAGCAACAACAUCAUUUACAACAAAACCCAUCACAACCACCAACACCACAAAAUAAUAUUUAUCAAUCAAACAACCAAUCAUCAACUAUUUUAUCAAGACAUAAUGAUUUAUUAUCACCAAUAGAUUCACAGAUAUGGGCACCAAUUCAAUACAGCUGGGUUCAAACACACUAUAAUCCAUCAUCAACAUUAUUAGAGAGUUUAAAACGUUUAGUAAACUCUAUUGUUGUUUUUUCAAAUGAAAUUAGUGUUGAAUUUAGAUUAAAACUUAUCAACUUUUUAAAUAUAUUAGGCUCACCAUCAAGUGAAUCUCAAUACAAUACACCAUUAAGCAAAACAGUUUUAAGUUGCAUCGAUUCUACUGGGUUCAAUAUAACAAGACACUACCAAAUGCUCUACCAAACUAUUUCAAAACACCACUCAAUGAUGGAAGAUCAAUUCGUACCCCUAACUGAAGUUUAUUUCGAUGAAAAUGAAAUAAAUAGAUUUUUAGUAUUUUCAGAACAAGCCCAAACAAUUGAAGAAAACUUUGAAUUUAUAUUACGAGAACUAUCAAAUAUACGCGAUUCUUUUAUAAUGAAGAGGGAAAAUAUAGAAAAGAAUAUAGUAGAAUCAUCAAAAAUGAUUUCUUACAAUCACAGCAACAUUGGAUCAAGUGGAUCAAAUUUAGAGCAGGCCAAACAAGAUACCGCCCGUCUUUUAGAAACUUUAGCACCAUUAGAAAGCACAUUAAAUGGUAUGGAAACUAAAUUUAAAGCGAUUCAAAGAGAAAUUGGAAUGGUUCAAAGAGUAUUUUCAUUCUUUGAACUUUUAUAUAAUAUCCAUAUUAGCUAUCAUCAGUCAAUAGUAGAGAAACAUUCAAAACAACUAUCAACAUAUAUUAUAGAUGUUAUGCAACAAACCCUUUUUAACUGCGAUGUUCUUUCAGUAGCAUAUAACAGAAUGAAAUCAUCAAUAUACAACAAUCAAAACAAUGAUGAUGAUUCAUUAAUAGAUACCUCAAAUCCAUUUAUUAAUAAACUCACUGAUUUAAUAAACAAAUAUGAAAAUAUUAGGUCAUCCUCAUCUUUAACAACACCUAAUAAUUCAACACAGCACCAACAACAGUAUAACAAUAGCAAUAAUAAUAGUAACAACUUACAACUCUAUCAACCACCAAAAGAUAAAAAAGUUUUAGCUGUUUACCAUACUAUGUGUCUAGAGCAUCGUGUGCCUGAUGAUCACCCAGAAUCACCAAAACGUUUACAAUCCGUUAUAAAAGCAAUCAAUGACUUUGCAAGACAAUCUGACCGUUUAAUAAUUAAAGAUGACCCAGAGGAUGCCAAUGACAAGUGGAUUUUAACAGUUCAUUCCCCAGAAUAUCUCAAACAACUUGAUGAACUUACAGAAAAACUAGAUAGCAACGAAAUUAGACCACUCAAUGUAAAUAAUGAUGGUGCACAAACUGGAAUUAACCAAUUUAAUUCAAACGGCUCCUCAAAUGGAGACUGUGAAGAUGGUGAUACAUUCAUAUCGAAAUCAUCAUUACGUGCAGCCAAAAGAUCAGCAGGUGCAACAUUAUAUGCUAUCGAUAGUGUAAUGAAGGGUAAUGUUUCCAGUGCAUUUGUUGCUGCUCGUCCACCAGGUCACCAUGCUGGCCGUGAUGGUCUUACCCAAGGAACAAGCUCUCAAGGAUUUUGUCUUUUAAAUCAUGUUUGCAUUGGUGCCAAAUAUGCUCAACUUAAAUAUAAUUUAGAAAAAAUUGCAAUCAUCGACUUUGAUGUUCACCAUGGUAACGGAACUGAAGAAAUUUUAGCAAAUGACCAAGGCUUCUUUUUCCUUUCAAUUCAUAUGUUUGAAGAAGGAUUCUAUCCUGGUAGCGGUGGUUCAAAUUCAAUGGCUAUGAAUGAUGACGAUAACUCAAUCUCUAUAAACCCCUCGUCCAAUGUUGUAAAUAUACCUUUAGAUCCAAAGAGCUCUGCCCAUUCUUUCUUAAAAGCUUUUUCUGCAAUCAUUGACAAACUUAAUGAUUACCAACCAGAAUUAAUUUUAAUAUCUUGUGGUUUUGAUGCCCAUUUAGAGGAUAAUUUAGCUUCGCUUUGUUUGUUAGAAGAAAACUAUGUCGAAAUUACUCGUCAACUUCGUAAAGUAGCUGACCGUUGGUCCAAAGGAAGGUUGGUUUCAAUUCUAGAAGGUGGUUAUAAUAUAAAUGCUUUAAGACAAUGUACAAUCGCUCAUUUAUCUGCUUUGGUCGAAACUGAUUAA